GCAGUUAACACUUACACAGAGCAGAUCGUGUAAGUAUGUGAAUAAUAUACCUUUUUGGAGCAGUAAGAAUAAGACAUGACAGAAAAAGCGAAGAGGGCCGAGGAGUGCACUUUCCGUUUGAAUAGCAGAAAACUGGCAGACAGGGUGGGACCAGUACACCGGUUAGGUCCGGCAACCAGUCUCGACUCUCGGCGUCCGACGGGAGAAGCUGGGCCAGUCUGUAGAACUCACGUCCCGCCGCCAUCCUCGUAGUCGCUGCACGUGUCUGACGACUAUCCCUCCCCCUUCGCAAGCUUUCGACAUCGAUCGUCAAGCUCGUCGUUCGCUCGUCGCUGGAUUGCUGAAUGCCUUCGUGGCCGUCGCAACCACAACGGCCCCCUACUGGUCCACGUACCGGACAAACUCUUCGGAGUCCAGGGGCUCCGGGCUCAGAGUCCCGGCAGCGGAGUGGGGAACCCGGUCUUCACUCGACUCCACUCGACUCCGAUUAAACGCAUUCGGUCUUGACUGCUCGGCAGCGCGCAGGCAACUGCAGUUACUAAGGGAUAGUCCAGUCUGGUCCCCCCACUGGCAAUCAUCAUUGUCUCGUCACUCUCGAGCACUCAUCUCCCUUCUUUCCUUCCUCGCAGUCCCUUCACUACACUCCCGCUUCUGUCAUCAAUCCUUCACUUGCUCGCUUCUUCUCCCCCCUUCAAUCUCUUCUCUGUCGUAUCACGCUUCGUCAGUGCUGUUACUGUACCUCUCGUGUGAAACUGGACUCGAGUACCUCACAAGCUCACCGUACCGAUCACUCAUUACGUCUUGAUUACCAGACGAACUCAGGGCGGACGCCUCCUGCGCUACCCCUCGCUCGGAGCUUCUUCUUCUUCUUCUUCUCCUCGUCGUCCUGCUCUCGGGAUCUCUGCCACCGCAGUGGGCCUCCUUUCACAGGCCAGGCUACAUACAUUGGGAUCCGCCAACGUUGCGGCCACUUCUCUUCCUCCUCCUCCUCCUCCAAUUCGAACUCCUGCGCGCUUUGAAGUCAAUCAAGUCCGGUAUCCUAAGUCGGCUUCGUUCCCCCCCCCCCCCCCCCACAUUUCAUCAUUGCCGCGAGCCGGAGCCUUUUCUUGAACGUAACCUCACCGGCGCCAAGUACCCCCCACUCACUGCGUGCCCCCAUUCGUUCGCUCGUUCGUGAGCUGCGCUUCUUCGACGACGAGCCGGAGCUCAGCGAAUUCGUAGCAGCAGCAGACGACGACGACGGCGACUGCGGCCAAGACCGACCCGGACUCGGGCUGUUAUGGUGUUGUCGAGUCUCAGUGAGCACGGGGACGCGGACUCUGCAGCGGCAGGAGCGGGGGCGGACGAGGAUCAGCGGGCGCAUCUCCGAGGGCGAGAGGGGAGGAAAAGCGAGGCGUUACGCAGCGUCUGAGCGCGAGCGGCUCGAUCAGCGGGCUCUCUUUGAAUCUUGAGGAGGACGUCCGCGAGGGAGAAUUUCGAAGGCCUGCUGGUCGGUCGUUUCUGCUAACGGUCGAGGACUGGGGAAUUUGCCCGUGGAAGUGUGUAGAUAAGUGAGCGGGUGACAGGGCGGCGGGUGGUUAGAUUACCACGCAGAGCAGAAGCACCUUCGAGCGUUUUUCUUCCACGAGAGCGCUAGCGGAGCAGCAUUAGCACGACGGCGCAGACUGAGAGAAUUGAGACAGAUAUGACGCAGAAGAGCGCGAUGGCGACGGGAAUGGAGCUGUCGAUUUUGAAGCUUGGAUCUCCGAGGAGGAGAUUCGCGUCGGGGCAGUUCGCCUUCGAUCACGAGUUGGGGCACAUGAGCAACACCAAUUCCGGGACAAUUGCCCCUCUGAGCGCAGUGGCCGCGGGGGCCGACGAGGACACGGAGAUGGUGUUCGAGCAGCACCAGGCGGCGAUUCCUUUCGUUUGGGAGGAGAAGCCCGGGACUCCGCGAGGCGUCCGAAGCAUCAAGGAGGAGACGGGGUCGGGAUCCGAGGACUCGUCGGAGGAGGACGACGACUCGUCCGACGCCAUGACGACCUCGAAUCCUUCUUCGAGAAAUUCCUCGCUGCGCGAAACCGACGAGUCCCCCCCGACCUCCGAGUUCGAGUUCACUGCCGGCGACGCUCUCGACGCCUCCGGCGACGACGACAACAACAACAGCAGCAGCAACAACAACAACAACAAGACUGCGGACGAGCUGUUUGCGAAGGGGCAGAUUCUGCCUCUGAAGCCUCCGCCGCGACUGCAGUCGAUCAAGCAGCUCAUGGCCGCGGACGCAGCGGAAGAGGCUAUGGGGUUCAAUUCGCCGAAGACUCCCGGGCACUCGUUCCGCAAGGACGGACUGCGCACCCCGACUCGAUCUUUUCGGAAAGAUGGCCUCAAGGCUUUUAUUUCCUCUCCGCGGAGGGAGAAGCAGGGCGAGCUCGUCACCACCAUGCUGGGCUUCGAGGAGUGGCCCAAAGACGGGGAUCGAAAGGGCGGCCCGGGGCAUCGCCGGACCAACUCGCUCACCAAGUUGCCGGCAUUGUUCCGUAAGAAGUACGGAUUGGGGAAAGAGAAUAUGGACGACUACGAGGGCGAGCAUUUCGACGGGGAUCUGUCCGGCAGGAAGAGCGUGCUUGGCGAGAAUCGCAGGCCUCUCAACUGUUUGAGCUCGAGAACGCUCGAUGGGUCCUAUGAGAAUGAUGAUUUCUUCGCGUCAUCGCGCAGUUUCGACGUGGACGCGAGGAGUGACUAUCUGAAUGCCUCAGGGCGAAUUCUUGAGGAACAGCACGAGGAGGAGGAGGAUCGCGAUCAGGAGCCCCAGCUCCAGGCUCCCGACACUCCCGGCCAGAGGAAGCAGGCUCUGGGGAAACUGAGCAGGUUCUUCAAGAACCACAAGCCCUCGAGGCUGUCGGCCGUGGCCCCGACCCCUCUUUCGCCCGACGAGCUGAAGAUCAAGCGAGUCCAACACACCUCCCCUCUCCUCAAAAUGUGCCUAUCGAACUGCAUCGGGCAAGCUUUGGUCCGGGGAGUGAAGCACUUCCGCUCGUUGGACUCGCAACCGCGCCGCGCUCUCUCUGCUGCGAGGUAAGCAAGUGUACGAUGUUACGUAAGUUCACACUCCUUCGGAGAUUUUGUAAAGCCUAGCUACGUCCGAUUCGAUAGCCCGAUUCAAGAGUCGGGCCCGUGUAUGUGCGAAUUGUGGAGUUUUCCUCGACGUGAUGUAGCCUCAGCUGGACCGGGAACGAGAAAUUUUGCUCCCAGAUCCUCCGAGGGGCGCCUACGGGAGACCCUACGGUUUCAUGAGAGGCGAUUUCGCAAGCAUGUUGUAAUUUUCCUUCUUAAUUUCACCCUUUGGAUAUUAGAUACAGACAGAAUCAGGCGGAAAGCUUCUGCAGUUGUAUGUUGUACAGCUCGCGCUUCAGUAGGUGUACUGGCCUCGGUAGACUACUAUUAUAAGACGUCGGACCGAUUGCUAAAUAGACGAGAGAGAUAGAGAGAGAUGGUUCAAGGCGUCAGUCGACCGUGGGUGGGGGUGAUGGGAGUGAUUCGGGUGGGCUUCGUUCCUUCGUCCGCUCGCUCGCUCGCCCUCCCUCAUUCCGCGCCAUCGCAUCAUCAUGGCUAAGGCCUGAAUAAUGGUUUGGUGCCGCAAGAUCAGAGCAAAUGCCCAGUUUCAAUUGGAAGGCCAAGAUGCAGCUCAUCAUGGUUUGUCAUGAAUAAGCUCAGUGCAGCAAUCCACAAGGCUGGUAGAAGUGUGUACAUUAUCAGAGUAAGAAGAGCUCGGAUGUUUCGCUCGCUCUCGCGCUCUCCUCGAGAGGUUCGAGCGGCGGGCGAAUAUGUUCAGUCCCAAGAGGGAAACUAUCAAAAUAAAGUUCUUAAGUUUCAGUUCUUUGUGAAUAAAC